UUUAGCCGUGGAGCAUGAAGCAGGGCUUUAUGGCUAUAUUGUAUCUGAGCUUGCAGAGACACUUGUACCUCUAGUAGAUGCCAAUAUGAUCUGGUGGGAGGCAUAUGUCCCUAGACAGAAGAAGCAAAAUUGCCCCAAUCAACAUUAUCCUUUACGGUCGAUCUGAAUUCCAAAUGGCAGUGGCAAAGAUACUCUAUGGAAAAGUCAGUUUAGAAGAUCCAGUUUCUUUUGAUCAUCGAACACGAUACUGCAAUCCCCUGGUACCUGCCGCAGGAGAGACUCUGUCUCCAUACGAUAAAUGGCGUGGGGUCACCAAGCCAUCUACAUUUACAAGUGGAUUCAGCUAUUCAGGUUAUUCAGGCUAUUCAGGGUACCAUGGUUCAGGUGUUCGUACUGCAGAAGAGAUUAAAAAUCAAAUCGAUGGCGUCUUUAAAGGGCUUCGAAGCGCAACUGAUCUCCCAGAAGUGGAGUCACCCUCGAUAAUGACCACGACUAUGUAUCGUCAUCAAAAACAGGCCCUCUACUUUCUUCUGGAACGUGAGAAACAAGAAGACUACUCGGAUAAUGAGAAGAAUAAGCUCACAUCUCUUUGGCGUGUCAGGCAACAACUCCAUCGUCAUCCAACAUACCUUAAUGUCGUAACAAGUCAGGAGACUACCGUGAAACCGAUUAGUAUGCGAGGAGGGAUUUUGGCCGAUGAUAUGGGAUUAGGAAAAACUAUCACGGUUAUAGCCCUCAUCAUAUCGACACUUAAUCGGAGUAUGUAUGCACAAUCGAGGAUUAACAAAGGACCAUCCUUACCGCCAUCAGCAACUACAGCACCGGAUUUUUUGAACUCUGGAGAUCAAGUGACAGAAUAUGAUUCUCCUCCAUCGCCCACUAUUCGGCCUCUUCUGCCAACAGCUCCUAAAAAACCAGUAUUAAAAAAGCGGUUAACAAACUUCAGGACGAAAUCGCAUGCUACACUUAUCAUUUGUCCCUUGUCUACGGUCCAAAAUUGGGAGGAACAAUUCGAGGCGCACGUCCGUAAUGGCUCGCUGCAAGUAUAUGUAUAUCACGGAGGGCAGCGCGUAUCUGAUCCUGGAUAUCUAGCAAAGCAUGAUGUAGUCAUUACAACAUACAAUCUACUAGGCACCGAGUAUUCGAAGGAAUGCAAAGGGCGGGAUACUGAGGCUGGACCUUCUAGAUUUCCCAGCGUCUUGCAACAUAUUGACUGGUUCAGAGUUGUUUUAGAUGAAGCUCACAUCAUUAAGGAAGUUAGUACGGUCCAAAGUAAAGCAGCCUGUGCCCUCACUGCCGAACGUCGUUGGUGUUUGAGUGGAACUCCUAUUCAAAAUAAGCUGGAUGAUCUGUAUGCCCUUGUCAAGUUCCUCAGGAUGCAGCCUUUUGACGAGAAGAUACAUUGGGCUCACUAUAUCGCAAAACCUAUUAAAGCCGCGAAUCCGAUCGGCAUUACGAGACUACAAACUCUAAUGAAAGUCAUUACACUUCGUCGUACCAAGACACAAAUGGUGAAUGGCAAGCCAUUAUUGCAGCUUCCGCCGAGAACUGAUCAUAUGCGUGUACUAGAGCUCAGCUUGAAUGAACAACAAAUGUACAAGCGUAUGGAGUCCAACGCUAAGCAAACGGUGGACCAAAUUGUGCAGGAGAAUAAGAUUAUGAAAAAUUACGCCCAUAUCCUUCAGGCCAUCUUGAAACUUCGCCAGAUCUGCGCACACUAUGCACUUGUCAAGGAUAUGGGCGAUGAUCUCGAUAUGUCAGGGGAAUUCAAUCUAGCCAAAGCGUCCGCUAUUUUAACAUUGCUACAAGACUCUGGAAAUGACCAAUGUAACCUAUGCUUCAAUGGAUCGACGUUAACACCGAUUGUCACCCGUUGUGAACAUAUAUAUUGCCCCGAGUGUAUCAAGCGUCUCAAUCCAAUUGCCUUUAUGCUUAUUCAGAAAGGAAAUAGUAAUGUCAGCGUGGCUUCAGAACUCAAAUCAGAAUUCGCAUGUCCACAGUGCACAACUAUACUGCGGCCUGUGGACUUGAUUCAGAUCCAAGAUGAUACCGAGGACAAAGUGGCUGCAACAGCUAUUGGAGGACGUCAAACACAUACGCGCACAGACGAGAACGGCAUGCUUAUCCACAGCACUAAGGUCAAGGCUUUAAUGGAUGACUUGACGCAAGCAGGCGAAAUUGCGAAAAGAACGGGUGAGCCUAUGGUCAAGAGUGUUGUGUUCUCUCAGUGGACAAGCAUGUUGGAUUUGAUUGAGGAUGGUCUUCGCGAGAAUAAAAUCAAGUUUACGCGUCUGGAUGGAACAAUGCAGCGGAGUGAUCGUACAACAGCAAUGAUGCGCUUCAAAGAAAGAUCUGAUGUCAGCGUAAUUUUGAUCAGUCUUAAAGCAGGAGGGGUUGGCCUGAAUUUGACAUCAGCACAACGUGUAUACCUCAUGGAUCCUCAUUGGAAUCCUUCCGUGGAAAGUCAAGCUAUCGACCGUAUUCAUCGACUGGGUCAGACCAAGCCUGUGGAUGUGGUGCGAUUUAUUAUCAAGGGAUCCAUUGAAGAGAACAUUUUAGAACUACAGAAACGCAAGACGGAGCUCUCAGAGAUGACAUUUGCAGAGAAGCUAUCGAAACAAGAGGUGAUGAAGCGACGACUGGAGGAUUUGCGUUAUCUAUUUCAAGGCUCUUCCGAGCUGAUGAAAAAAGCCAAGGCAACCACAUCAUCUACAUGAUCAUUACUAUCGUAGUGAUCUCUUUACUACCCA